AUGGGUUACAGUCCUGGCCGAUCGGAGAACUGCGAAAUUGUGCUGCCCAGGGUGUUGGACCAGCCAACCUCCAAUUCUAUGUCUUGUAGGAAGUUCACAGAUCAACUGGAGCAAGAAGGCAUCGGCUGCCAGCUGGUGGUCCUGUUGAGUGCAGAAUCUGCAGCUCUCGGGCUUUGGGAGGAUGGGAGCCUUAAAGAACACAAGGUUUUGAGAGGUUACACGGUCAGGAAGCAACAAGGUAAGGCGCAGGCCACCUACGAGCGCCGCGGCGGGGGCGCCGGCAGCGCGGGCGGCUCCCUUCGCUCCCGGGAGACCCGGCGCCUCUUCCAGUCCGUCGCGUCGCGGCUGGCCGAGUGGGGGCCCCGCGUCGCGGCCUGCAACAGGCUGUUCGCCUCGGGCGGCGUGCGAUCCUGGAACGAGCUCUAUGCGUCGAGGUCCCCAGCACCGGGGGUGGACAGGAGGGACGCGAGGUGGCGGCGAGUGGGGGUGGCCGUCCGGAGGCCGAAGUUCGCCGACCUGGAUCGGGUGUACCGCGUCCUGUCGGAAGGGACCCUGUGCACUUACAGGGAUGCUGAUUUUGGGGCGCAGACGCCAGGGCAUGUGUCGGACGCCGGCUCUUGA